AUGCAUGAAAAGUACGCUACCAGUCUUGAUCCUUUUUUCCUAUGUAAUACAGCAACAGGAUAUACGUAUGACGCAAACAUCAACAUUUGUUACAAAGCUGUUGCAACUUUAAGAUUUUAUACAUACGCUAAAGCAGAAUGUGUUUCAGAUGCUGCACAUCUCCUACUGAUUGAGUCACCGGAGGUGUACCAAUGGGCUAUGGAUCAAAUGGAUUCAAAUGGAAUCCCUCGUAUUUAUUUUCAAGGUGAACGAGUCGACGUGUUUUCACCUUUUUUAGAUGAUGCAGGCAAUGCAUUAACAUAUUUCAACUGGAGUCCAGGGGAACCGGAUAUAGGGAAUUAUUUACGUACGGAUGGAACAACAAGACUGAUGGAGGCAUCUUCGGGUAACACCGAAUAUUCCUACAUUUGUCAGAUAUAUUAGGUUUCUGAAUGGCAAUCAGAUGUUUUAAAAUUUAUUGAUGUAGACGCUUAACAAUACUUUUUAGAAAAUAUACCAAUACGAGUUAUCCAGUUAUACCCUAACCUAAAAUAAACAGGUUUGGUGUUUUAUGUAUGAUAUUAUAAUUUAUCAUGACAAUUCUCAGAUGAACAUUGUUGGUAAGAGGAUAACAAUUUCUUCUUAUUCUAUUGGUAUUAUUUUUACUGUUGGCAUAUGUGUACAUGCUCGAAACACUAGGGGUUAUCUACCCAAAGACAUAAAUUUCCUUAGCCGUAGUUGGUAAUACAUGUUUUAUUCGGGCACCACUGACGGGUGUUAUAUAGAAGAAAUGGGAGUCCGGCGUACAAACUUAUAAGACUCUUAUCUCUCUUUAUUUAAGUGACGAGGAAAUGUGAAAUCAUUCAAGUGGAAAAAUCCAAAAUGGGAUUAGUGACAAAAAAAGUAUUGGGAAACAAAUACGGCAGUCAACUGUCAACGUAUAUUUGCUCCUUUUUACCGAAUUUUCUCGGAAAAGCUCCUGACAGGGCAGGCAGAUAGUGACUUGGCGGGAUUAGCAUAUCGUGAGCGAACAACCCUCUCCCUACCUAUGACAGUGAUCUAGAUGAACAAACUGCAAAAAUCCGUUAGAAAGUACUUAAUUGACUAGUUCGAUCGGCACAUAGCACAAACACACUAACAAAACCACAAAAGCUACUAAAUACUUAUCUUUGAUGAGUUCACUUGGGGUCCCCCUUAGUUCACAAGGUCACGUUUUAAGUUUCUACAGGCUACCAGGUCACUUUAAAGCAAACUUGACAGUUUUAAAUUUAUUAGAAUUUCGAUUUUGAUCAUAUUUGAAGGUCACAUGUACUUUUAAAUAAGACGUCAGGUUUCAAAAUCGCCUGCCAAACCCCAGAUCGCAGGUCAUUUUUGAAUAAGAGUCUUGGCGGUUACGGAAAGCUGAUUAAAAGCCUAUUGACAGUAGUUUGAUGAUGUUCAAAUCACACCGAUGGAAAUAAAAUACAACAACUGAAUAACAAACUCCUGAUUAGGGAAAGUCUCAUAGAGAAUGUGGCAAGAUUAAGCACUACUCAGUUAAGAUUGAUUUCCGUUCAAAUUAAGUUUGUUAACAAAUGAUCAAUUAGUUAACAUAUAAGAAGUCUUCAGUAUGUUAAACUGUUAUUAUUCUAUUUGUUUUUUGUUUUGUAAUGUUCAUGAAUUAAGCAAGCCGGAAUUCUUACUUUACCCUUCACCCCCAUUACUGUUCAUAUUUUAGUUCGAAAAAUUCUUUGAAUUGUUUUUUGCAUUGUUCAUAAAUUCCGGAAGAUUUUCAUUUAUGUAUGUACAUU